AGAAGCCCCUCUUCUCUUCUCCGCCGUCUGAAUCUCUUCGGUGGAAGGGGAACGGACACGGAAAUGCCGUUCAUAUCGAGGAUAAACAGGCAGUCUGAUUACAACAUCUUCUCCCCGUCGACUCCUAUCGUAAUCGACAAUGGCGCUUCCUAUUUUCGCAUCGGGUGGGCGGGAGAGACGGACCCUCGAGUUAUUUUCCGCAAUAUUGUUCAGAGACCCCGUCACAAAGUCACCGGAGAAACCGUGACUAUAGUUGGUGACCAUGAUCCUGGACUGCUGAAAUACUUUGAUUGUACACGCUCAGGGCCCCGAUCGGCUUUUGAUAGCAAUGUUGUUUAUCAGUUUGAGAUUAUGGAAUAUAUUCUUGACUUUGGUUUUGAUCGGAUGGGUGCUAUUGGAUCUCAGAUCGAUCAUCCUGUCCUGAUCACAGAAUGUGUCUGCAACCCAGUUCACUCUCGCAGUAAAAUGGCAGAACUUCUUUUUGAGAGUUAUGGAGUUCCUUCAAUAGCUUUUGGUGUUGAUGCUGCUUUCAGCUAUAAAUAUAAUCAGCAGCAUGGAAUUUGUGAUAAAGAUGGUCUUGCAAUCUCCCCGGGAUUUAGCACAAGCCAUGUCAUUCCAUUUGUUAACGGAGAGCCUGUUUACAAAGGAUGCUGCCGAACUAAUGUUGGUGGAUUCCAUGUCACUGACUAUUUGAAGCAACUUCUUUCACUCAAGCAUCCCCAUCACAUGGCUAGGUUAACAUGGGAGAAGGUUGAAGACCUGAAGAUGGAACAUUGCUAUAUUGCACCAGACUAUGCUGAAGAAGCUCAAUUAUUUCAGAAGGGGGGCAAGGAAGUUGAAGAUAAAACAAGGUAUUGGCAGCUGCCAUGGGUACCACCACCAACGGAGGAACCUCCUUCUGAAGAAGAGCUUGCAAGAAAAGCAGCUAUAAAGGAAAGACAAGGCCAAAGAUUGAGAGAAAUGGCUGAAGCAAAGAGGUCUUCAAGAAUAAAUGAACUAGAAAAUGAAUUGAAUAAUUUGGAAUUUCUUUUGCAGCAACUUGAACAAGUGGAAGAGAAAGCUAUUCCAUCUUUCCUUUCAGACACUGGCUAUGUCUCCAAGCAGGAAAUUGAAUCUGCUGUUUUGAAAGUGAAUGCAUCAUUAAGAAAAGCAAAAGGUGAACCAAAACAAGCUGAAAAUGAGGAGAAGGCUGAUGCAUCAACCAAUGGAAAAUAUCCUCUUAUCAAUGUCCCUGACAACUUGUUGACCCCUGAGCAGCUCAAGGAAAAAAAGAGGCAGAUUUUUCUUAAAACCACAACUGAGGGCAGGCAACGAGCCAAACAGAAACGUUUUGAGGAGGAAUUAGAACGAGAGAAGAAAAAUCAGCUAGAAGAAGAAAGACGCUUGGAGAACCCAGAGCUUUAUCUAGAACAGAUGCGAGUUAAAUAUAAAGACCUUUAUGAGAGAGUUGAGCAGCGAAAACGACUAAAGACAAAUGGAGGUCAUACCAAUGGAAAUAAUUUGUCUGGGGGGGUUGGCCGUGGUGAGAGAUUGAACGCUGCUCAGAGGGAGAGGAUGCGCCUCUUAACUACAGCAGCCUUUGACCGAGGGAAGGGUGAGGAUACUUUUGGUGCUAGAGAUGAAGAUUGGCAACUUUACAAGCUGAUGAGCAAAGAUCACGAUGAUGAUGAAGAUGGAGCAGAUGGGGAUGAGACAGAACUAGCCCGCAUCUCCUCUAGGCUGCAGGAGAUAGACCCAACAUUUGUUCCCAAGCGAGAAUCGACACCUUCACAGCCUUCAGCUGAGGUACCCCGUAUUCGUCCUCUCACCAAGGAAGAUUGCCAAAUUGUGAUAGGGGUUGAAAGGUUCCGAUGCCCGGAAGUGUUAUUUUGUCCAAACUUGAUUGGGAUUGAUCAGGUAGGCUUAGAUGAGAUGGUUGGUGUCUCACUGCGAAGGAUGCCAUCUGAGGAUGCAUGUCUUGUGGAUAGAUUAACCAGUUCAAUUCUUAUGACUGGUGGAAGCUGUCUCCUACCUGGUAUGGGUGAGCGCUUGGAAGCUGGAAUACGGAUGAUUCGACCAUGUGGUUCGCCUAUUAAGGUAGUGAGGGCAUUAGAUCCCAUCCUUGAUGCAUGGCGCGGUGCUUCUGUUUAUGCCUCAAGUUUGCUAUUCCCACAGCAAACUUUUAGUAAGAUGGAUUACUACGAGAAGGGAGAAUACUGGCUUCGAGGGUAUCAACCACGGUACUCAUUAUGAUUCGUUUUGUCAUGCAGGCAUGCAACAUUUGAAUAGCUUAGGUUCAAUUUCCAUGUUAUUCUUCUACUUACCAAGCACAAGAAUAUCUUAACUCCCAAUGUUGCUUUUAUAGUUAUAAUUUAUACAUUUCAAUGCAGCUUAUCAUGUCUAGUGGAUUGUUUAGCUCAUUUAAACUCAUGAUGUGUAAAUUUAAGCUGUGAUUUACAGAAGCUGAGUCAUUUUCUGCAGUAAAUAUACAUCUUGGGACCUC